CUUAAAACAAGCAAAAAAUCCACUGAAACUGAAGUGGAAGAAAACUGCUAGCGUAAAGUGUGCUACGCGUCUAGUGGACCGGACUGUUGAGUCGAGACUAAAGUUAAACGGUGCUGAGCGUAACUUAAAACUAAAUAUCACGCUACUGAAUGAGGCGCUUUCAAAUUUCGCGCUGUUUGCUCCGCCUUUAAAGAGAUUAGCCGACUAAUCUUAGCCCGUUAGCUAUCAUUGUUGCUGGGGCAUUAAGUUACAUUAAGUGAAGUACGGAGGGUAAGGUACGGGUAUCCUUCUGUUUUAUGAACGUGUUUCUAAAGACGUCUUUAAGAUGGAGGUGACGGACAUCAGAAACAAAGAAGAGGGGAAAGUCUGGCACCGAAAACCAGCACCAGGCAAGAGUGUGCUCGUGACGGUGGUCCGCACUGCUCAGCAGGCCAAGACGGUGCGUUUCCUCCAUGUGGCCUUUGACACCACGGGAGACUCAUUCCUGGCUGGAGACCAGCAUGGCAACAUCUAUGUAUUUGACAUCAGUAGAAACAGAUUUCGUCUGGUGCAGAAGACAGGCCAGGCCUGCACCGCGCUGGCGUUCAGCCUUCGCAGGACCACCGAGUUCCUUGUGGCUCUGGCUGACUACACCAUCAAGUGCUUUGACAAAGACACAAAGCAGCUGGUCAGCUGGAUGCGGGGUCACGAGGGGGCCAUUUCGUCCAUCUCUGUCCACAGCUCAGGUCGCUACGCCAUCACCACGUCCCUGGACACAGCUCAGCUCUGGGACCUGGACACCUUCCAGAGGAAGAGGAAGCUCAACAUCCGGCAGUCUGUUGGCAUUCAGAGGGUGUUCUUCCUGCCUCUCAGUAACACCAUUCUCAGCUGUUUCAGCGAUGACUCCAUCUUUGCUUGGGAGAGCGACACGCUGUUCUGCAAAUACCAGCUCCCGGUCCCCGACUGCGGACCCAAAAUCUCCUACAAGGCCUUUGCUGUUACACGUGAUGGUAAGAGCCUUGCUGCUGGGGGGCGCUCCAACCUGCUGCACCUGUGGUGUCUGGACAGCAAACAGCUGAUUAGGGUGAUUCAGAUGCCCACGCAGGUCCGAACCGUCCGACAGCUUGAAUUCCUGCCCGACAGUUUUGACGGAGGAGCCAGUCAGACAAUAGGUGUAUUGAGUCAGGACGGCGUUAUGCGCUUCAUCAACAUUCACACUUGCAAGCUGCUUUUCCACAUGGGUUCCCACGAAGACGCCAUCACCACAGUGACGGUCAGCCCUAACGGCAGACAUGUUGUGGCCAUCAUGGAUAAUGGAAGCAUAAAUGUCUACAGUGUUCAGAGUCUCACACAGGAACUAAACAAGCCUCCUCCCUCCCGGGUGGCAGUAGUCUCUGGCGGUGGAGCUGAUCAGGACUUGUCUAACCUAAAGGUCCAGGUCAGGUCAGAGGUCGUUCAGAGACCAGCCAAGAGCUCGGGUAGGCGUACACAUGUGAAGAUACUUAGACCCCCUGCUGGGUCUACAGCUGAAGAUAAAGAGAAUGAACUACCUGCUGGUCUAAAUAAGAAGAGGCUGGUGGCUAUGCUCAAGGCAUUUGGAGAGUAUCCUGCUAAAUACAGGAUGUUUGUGUGGCGGUCUUUGUUGUGUCUCCCAGAGAACCAUGCGGCGUACAGCAGUCUGACUGAUAAAGGCCUGCAUUCAGCCUACCUCACUCUGCAUGAUAAGUACCCCAUCAAAAGUCACAAGUUACAGAGGGGACUACAGAGGGUUUUGUCUGCCUUAGCUCACUGGGCGGCCAUCUUUGGAGAGGUGGAGUACCUUCCCCUAGUAGCCUUCCCGUUUGUCAAGCUCUUCCAGAACAACCCAAUGCUGUGCUUUGAGGUGGUGGCCACUGUUAUAGUGAAUUGGGGUCAGCACUGGUUUGAGUACUUCCCCAACCCUCCUCUGAACAUCCUGAGCAUGGCGGAGAACGUUCUGGCUCAUCAUGACAAGGAACUGCUGCAGCACCUGGUGGACUGUGGCAUCACCUCACAGCUCUAUGUGUGGCCCCUGCUGGAGACCCUGUUCUCUGAGGUUUUGACCCGUGAUGAGUGGCUCCGACUCUUUGACAACAUCUUCUCCAACCAUCCAUCAUUCCUGCUCAUGGCCUGUGUGGCCUACAUCACCUGCUGCCGUGAGCCUCUGCUGCUCUGCUCCCGGAAACAGGACUUUGAGUAUUUUUUCCACCACCGUAACAACCUGGAUUUGGGAGCCAUGAUAAAAGAAGCGUACCGGCUCAUGGGCGGCACACCAGCUGACAUCCAUCCCAGGAAUAUGCUCUCUGACUUAACACCACUGACCAAUGGUCAGUACCCCGUGUUCAACCACUACCCCGAAUUCAUCAUUGAAUACCAGAGCCGAGAGAGGGAGAAGAUACGACUGCAGGAGGUGGAGUAUCUCCGUGAGAGACAGGAGGUGUCAGCCCUGCACACAGAUUUUGUGCGUCGCCAGGCUGAAGAGGAGGCCUAUUAUGCACAACAGGAGCUGCUGCAGAAAGCCGAGGAACAGCGCAGGAACAUCCUGGCACAAGAAGAGGAAAAACUAAUGCAGCAGAGGGCAAAGUUGGCAGCCAUGAAGAGAGAGGUGAAGGUGAAGGAGUUACAGCUGCUGGAUGCAACUAAAAGACGUUUCCUCAAACACCAGCAGGACCUGAGAGCCUCACAGGUCCAAAGACUAGAUCAGGACAUCAGUAGAAAGAUGGAUCUCCGGGAGCGAGAAACAGCUGCAGCAGUCCAGAAUCUAGAAGUCCGACAGAUGGAGCUGGAGGCUCAGAGGAGGCGACUUGAACAGCACAUGUUUCAGGAGCAUGAGCGCAUGGGACGGGAGGUUGAGGGGGAGGUGGAGAUGAGGAUGAGGAGGGCAGAAAAAGAGGAAGAGAGCUACACAGAGCUGCUACACUGCACCGAGACAAACAUGCAGGCCCUGGAGGAGUCCAUGGCGGAGACGUGCCAACUGGGCUUGGAGUCGCACUGGCAGAGAGAGGUGGCGGAGCGCCUGCAGCAGGUCGAUGCCGAGCAGGAGAGGAAGAGGGAGAAACUGGCAGAGCUUCACAGGCAAACCCUGGCAGAGGAGGAGAGACUGGCUGACACCAUGAGAGAUGUGGCAGGAAGGAAGUGGGAUGAAGUAAUGAGUUCCAGAGCCCGGUUACAGGAGCAGCAACAGCCUCUGUCUUCAGCAGGCACAGGACUGCCUCAAAGACCCAGUGCCACCACCGCUGUUUAUGUUAGAACCAAAUCUGCCACCUUCCCAAAGCAGGCAGAAACCAACACGGUGUGUCUGAACAGCAGCUCACCUUCAGAAAGCACCUCCACCAACUUUUCCCUGGACCGAGGCCGGGCCCAGCUGGACAGCGGCGAGAGACAACUGAUGAAGGAAAUCCGAGAGCUGAGACGGAAGCUGGCGGUCAGAGCCAGAGAGGGCAGCGCUGCCUCCUCACAGUCUGUGCACACACUGUCCUCUGUCUCCCAGUGACCACCAACGGCUCUCUGGCGUCAGAGCGUCACAAAAACAUAUUCUUGUCUCAAGGGAGCUGCAACAGCAGAAACAAUGACUCAGACUGAGGAGCAUACAGGCCAGCUGCUAUCUGUUUACCACUUCCCAAGUGCUCGUCCUUAAACUAUACAUUAUUAAUGCAAAUGGAGUCAAACAUUUGAACUGUGCACCAUCAGCCACCAUCUCAUGAACACCCCAUGUCUUCCAUUAAGACCGUAGUCCUCUGUCUGAGGACAGAAACAGGUUCAUCAUUUGGGUUGUGGUGUUGCUUCAUGCGAUCUGCACAUGAUUGUUCAGGUUGUGUCACUUCUCCAGGAUCCAAGUCAACCGUCAUUCAUAGGUGGGUUCUCUGAUAACAUCCCUAGAAGCAACAACGGUUUAAUUUAUUGUUACUCUGUGGCCACUCCAGACACAGACAAUGGCCAGUGUUGUAUCAUUGCAGUCCGUCUGUAGCCGGUGAGCGUUACUCCGUGUGAUCACGGGACAAUCUGAUGCAACAUACAAUAUUCAGGUACUGUGUCUAGUCCGUUAACUGUAUGACGAAACAUCCGUUAGUUCUAUAGUGUCUACAGUGCAGUAACGAACAUCUAACUGUACUACAGACAAACUGUUAUAUCUCUGCAGUAUUUGCGCUGAUGCCUCCUUUUUGAAUUUUUAUUUCAAAUAAGUUUUAUAUGAUUUGUCUUAUUUAAACCCUAGUUUUGAUAAAAUGUUGUUAAAAAUCCUGAUUCAACCUUCUGUUUCAUUGUGCCUUUUAAAAUACACAUGCGUUAGGCUUUGU